GUUACAGGGUGACACAAUGUCUCUUUUUCCAGAGGUAGCUGCUAUCGAGGAAGUCUUCGAUGAACACCAUCUUUCAUGUUUACAGCCAAUACUGCUAUCUUAUUCUGUUCCUCGUUUACUCGAUAAACCACAGGAUCCUAUAAUCGACACUCUCAAGCGUUCGUUUAAGGACCACAACCCGACGAUUAUCGAACCUUAUGGCCGCGAGACAACAUCACAAACGAACACAUUGGAGCUUAUCAUUAGAAAUUACUCGAAGGCAUCAAACGUUCCAGAGAUACACACCAACGAUGUAUGGGAGGCUGCUGUAAAGCAAAGAAUCAACGAACAGAGUCAAGUACGCUCGUGGGAUAGCCUACGGACACCAUAUCCUAUUCCGAGCUCUACAACUGGAUUUUUAUCCGAACAAGAUAGUAUUAUGUUUGCUGCCGCCCGACAUCAUUUACAGCCUCAACUCCAGGAGACUGAUACCGAUGUUCAAUACGUCUUUCAGGACGAUUUACUCUGGAGCUUGAGGAGGACUGCAUUGGGUGCCUCUACAUCGUUGCAUGAGUGGGACUCUGUGACCGAAUCGUUUAUCAAUCGGUCAAACCGAAAAGAUAACAAGAGUGUGUUCAUCGUAUUCGGAAAAGACCAGAUCAUAAGUGACAGUAUCACCUCUGUGUUUUUGACUAUUGGUGCAGCGUUGCGGCGUCUGGAACGAUUCGUUUCAGAAAUUCGGGCAAGAACGGCUGGGUCACUACCUACCCAUCAUGCUUUCGCUCACGCCCUCACAACGUGCCUAUCCUUCAUACGUCAAUUGCUGGAUGACUGUUCCCCUCGGGAGUUUGAAGCAACGAUGGAAAGCGACCUGUGCGCCACCUUGGCACAAUACCGACCGAUUCAGGAGAUACUGCUUGCCCUCCUAGCGUUUUGCAACCGUGAUCUCGACGUACAUCCUUCUAACUAUAAGGCUCUCUCGACACCUGCGCACAUUUUUCUAUCGCUUCUAUUCGAAUCCCUUGACCAUCAUCUAGAAAACAAAUCCCCCCGUGCUGUGAGCGCCAUUUUCGCCUUCGUCCUGACCGAAGCCUCGAAACAUUACACGGACGCAAUAUCUAGAAUGGUCGGCUUCAAUGAUUACAGGGAAAGUGGCAGCGAAAUCGGUCUCUUGGAAAUGUCCAACGACUUUCCAGCUUUUUUCUCUUCUGAGCUGGCAAAUGCCUUGCCCACUGCUCGAAGGUCCUUGAAGCUUCUUCAAGCAGCUUAUCCAGAGCAGGCCAUUCUGAACGAAAAGCGUCGCACUCCCAUUUGUUGGUUCUGGACAGAGGUCGAAAUUAAUGAAGCAUUUUUCAAUGAUCUACCCCCAAGAACACUGGAUGGGCCACCUCUCCAGGAAGUUCGCGAGGAGCAAUUGUCGAGGGUGCCUGCGCACUAUAGACCAGAACUCUUACAGUUUCGUACAUUCGACUUGGAACCGGGCUCAGGCAUUGGUCCUUCGUGUUUCAAUCGUAAUCACGAGACCGCCGCAGAGGCACGUCUGCGAAAUUUCAUUGCCGGCUUUCCCGAAACUUUGCCUGCCGUUGCACCCACACUUACUCACUUAUCCGCUCUGGUGUUGAAGCCGUUGCUGUUGCAUUGCUCGACACUAUCGAGCACCCUUCUCUCAAUUUUCUUGUCCCUUCCUUCUCCCUUGAAUCUCCAGGCGCAUUUGCAACUCAUGAAAUCUUACAUGCUUCUCACAACACCAUGUUUCAAAGCGAGGUUGUCCGCAGCUUUAUUCUCGGAUUCAUUGGAAUUCACAGUUAGUGAGCAAUGUAGGCAACUCUUCUCCUUGGGAUCUCAUCGGCGAACCUCACGACGGUCUGGGACUAUCGAGGAUAAGGUUUGGGCCGUAGGUUUAGCUCCUGCCCUUCUGGAAAGAGAUAUCUGGCCUCCAAUCGGCGCAGACCUGAGUUUUUUCCUUAGGACUGUCAUAUUUGAUUCUUUCGAUGCUGGUGACGGUGGUAAGGACGUGCGUCGAAAGGCAGUCGAGGAAGUCGAGAGUCGCCUCGGAUUUGCCAUUCGAGGCUCUGAAGGAAACGAGGACUGGUCGGAUCCAUUGGUUAUAGAGUUCAGUCUCAACAUUUCACUGCUUUGAUUCUGGUUUUGAUUCGUACUUCGCUGCAGAGCUCUUGACUUCUUGUAUAUGGACUACAAGCCGCCACCUCCACUUGAUAUAGUGAUCACAACUGAUAUCAUCUUCAAGUAUCAACGGUUAUUUGCUCUACUACUUCGGGUGUUGCGUGAGUGCGAUUGCUGCUGUGUUUCGUAUGACCAGAAGCUCCGUCAAUCCCCCCUUUCAGACCUUGGCUGGUUCACGUCAAUUGCUAUUGCACUUUCGUUUCAUUUCUCAGCAGUUUGUGAGCAGCUUAUCUGCGUAUAUAUACGACACUGCCAUAGGCGGGAAUUUCGACCCCUUCCUCAGCAAGCUCCGGGUAGAGGAACAAGCGCCUUUUCCAGACGUUUUCUCUCUCACAGAAGCCCACUCAGACAUGAUGGACGACAUUUUGACAGCAUGUCUCGCGAGGACAAGUCAGCGGGUGGCGGGAACUCUCCUGCGAGACUGCUUAAACAUCAUCCUUAAGUUCGCGAUUUCUGUUGGUGAACUCCACCGCGGACGCUUGAAGGAGUACGAGGCUUCAUCGGUGAUAGAAGAUUUAUUUCAUAGGAUGCGGAAGAAAACAGAAGCCUUGGUCAAGGUACUGAAAACUAUGCUUGAAAAGACUAUGGGUCCCAGCACACUAGCUGACACAUCUUGGACUGGCUCCCAUGUGCACGGGCCGGUUGGCGGGACAGAGGCCUUGCUUCAUUUCCUGACUCGUCUCGACUUUAGAGACUGGUGGUCCAAAUCCGAAUAAGUUCCUGUUACUCUCCAGAACAGAUGAUAUCUGUGUCCGUUUCGUGGCCAACCUCUCAACUCUGAACGGAGAUCUCGUCUUCGGAAGAACAAAAUCGAAUCGCAACCGGCCCGCGUUUAGGUAUCUGGAUCGUAUUAGCUGACAAUCCGGAUCGAAGGAACUCAGGGUUUAAAGGAACUCAUCGGAGUACAUCAAGGAUAUACAUAACAUAUGGACCACUAUAUAGAGGACAAGACAAUUACCAUAAGAUCUUCUACGCUCUUCGGACCGGGACAAUACGGUCAUGUGAGUUAACUUUCGACAGUCACG